AUGGCGCCGCUGAUCGACGACGUCACCGCCGAGAUCCUCCUCCGCCUCCCGCCGGACGAGCCCGAGCACCUCUUCCGUGCCGCGCUCGUCUGCAAGCCCUGGCUCCGCGUUCUCUGCGACCCCGGCUUCCGCCGCCGCUACCGCACCUUCCACGGCACCCCUCCACUUCUGGGCCUCCUCCACAGGCUCCAGGUCAUCCAAGGAGACCCCGCCCCCCGGCUCGCCCCCACCACAUCGGCGCCCCUCUCUCCCUACCCCAACUGCGACCGUUCGCGGGCGCUAGACUGCCGGCAUGGCCGCCUCCUCCUCCACGUGUGGGUCAGGGGCAGGGGUUGGCAUCUCAUCGUCUGGGACCCCGUCACGGGCGACCAGCAGAGCCUCCCGGAGCCCGGCAUCCCGUGGCUGAUCUACACCGCCGCCGUGUUCUGCCCUGUGGCCGGCUGUGACCACCUUGACUGCCACGGCGGCCCCUUCCGGGUUGUCUUUGUGGCCACCGACGACUAUGACGAGCUAGUCAAGGCGGCAGUGUACUCAUCAGAGACAGCUGCGUGGAGCACACCAGUGACACUUGACGAUGGUUGUGAAUCCUAUGUUCGGCAUAGGCAAGAUGUUCUUGCUGCUGGUGUAUCAUUCUACUAUAUACCCUAUGUCGAGCCUAGGCGGGGUGUCGUUAUUGGAGAUGAAACCUACUUCACACUUCGGGAGGGUAACGCAAUCAUCAAAUAUGACUGGGCCAAGAAUUGCAUAUCCAUGGUUGAUCCACCGAACCCGAAUGUGUACGAAGACGUUGCCCUCAUGGUGAUGGAGGACAGUUCAUUGGGAUUUCCCUGCCUUGAGAACUCCAUCCUUUAUCUGUUCUCAAGGAAGGUGAAUGCAGAAGGAGAUGCAGAAUGGGUGCGCUUCAGGGUCAUCAAGCUGGAGACAGUUAUACCUGUAGCCGAUCCUGAUGAGGAACCAGUCGUUGUUGGAUGUGCAGAGGGUGUGGGUGUCAUAUUCGUGAGCACAGAUGUCGGCUUAUUCACAAUCAAGCUAAAUUCUGGGCUGGUUAACAAGGUCGCCGAGUCCGGGAAGUACUUCAGCGUCUUACCCUACAUGAGCUUCUACACUCCAGGUAUGGUACUAGCCCUUGCUUCUUGUCUGUUGUCCUGCAAUUUCUUUACAGCCUCUGUAUAUUUGCUUGAUUAG